GCCGUCGAUCAUAAGCGAUGACCUGCCCACCCCCACCAUGUAUGGUCAAGCUGAACUUCAACUAAGGGAGCUCUCGGCGCAACAGUCGGUGAAGCGCCAGUGCCGAGUAGUCACACCUGACAAGGCCAUUUUCUUGCAGGCAGUCAGGCGCAAACCUGACAGAGACUUCGACGAGAAGUGUGAAUACGUGUGGGGCCGAGCUGUCAAACUCUGGCUGACGCUCAUGCUAGCGUCACCCUCGGCUGGUAAGUUUGUCCAGAGUGUGUGCAGCAUGGAAGAGGAGGAAGCUCUCUCAUCUAUCAGAGAUGUCUUUGGUGUUCAGUCACCCCAUACUGCAUUGAAACGAGCCACAUCUCUCAUCAGAUUCAUGAAGUGGCUGAGACCAGGAGUAGACAGUCACGAACCGCUCAUGCCCCCGGAGCCGAUCCUUUACGCUUUCCUGAAGGAGCUGACCUGCAGGUCAACAGGGAAGCUGGCAGCUCUCGGGACGGUCCAAGCUUUGCGCCUAGCCCAGCAUGUUCUAAGAUGUCACAACUUGGAGGCGGUUUUGUCACCACGAGUGGUGGGUGCAGCAGAUCGUUCUGCAGGUGAGCACUUGCCUCAAAACCAGGCCCGUGAUUUGACAGUUAGCGAAGUGCGACAGGUGGAAGAGGCCAUACGUGCACAGGAUGCCGACCCGAUCGACAGGUUUGCUGCAGGGGUCAUGUGCUUCCAACUGUUCGCACGGAACCGCUGGAGCGAUGUAGCGUGCAUUGACAGCCUCUCCUUUGAUGUCACAGAAGUCGCUGGACGACCUGUCGGCUACGUAGAAGCCAGGGCACGCCAUGUCAAGCAGAGCAGCCAAGCGAAGAAAAAGAAGGCGCUGUUCAUGCCAUUGGUGGCACCUAUUCAGGGAGUCAGCCCCGACUUCUAUUGGGCGCUUGAGUGGCGUCAUGCUGCUCAGUUAGCAGGCAUCGAUCUGACAAAGCGACCGCUUGGGGCACUGCUCCCGGCACCGGGACCAGAGGGAUCCUUCCUCAAACGACACAUAGACACAGCUGAGGCGUCGGAUUGGCUGCAUGGACUGCUCUUGAGGAGCGAUCCCACCCGACAGCGCACCACGUCGCACUGUCUCAAGCACACGGUGCUGGGUUGGCUUAGUAGGUUUGGGAUCCACGGUGAGACGCAGACUUUGCUAGCGCACCAUAGCACAGGGCCCAUGAGUGACCUAGCUUACUCUCGGGAUGCGCUGAGUGGACCAAUUCGCCAAUUAGAACAGAUGCUCCAACAGAUACGUGAAGGUUCAUUUCUUCCUGACGCUACCAGGAGUGGCUAUUUUGUUAGGGAGAAUGUUAGCGAGGCAGCUCCGUCCUGGAGCAUGGUCAGUGAGCCACCAACCGUGGCCCGUCCGAUGCCAGCAACGUGGGAAGGCCCUGACCGCAUGGAGCAGGCCAGUGUCGAGGGGGAGGAGCAGCAUGGAGCAAGUCCAACAGGGACUUCCCUGUUUGGCACCAACUUCGGGAAGCGAUGGCUUCUCAUGGAAGGGACAAAGUGCAGCUUCGAACCGAAAAGAGUGGAGCCCACAACGGAAGGUGACAUCCGGGACCACAGCCCAGAGGCGGCUGUAGAGGUGGAUGUGGCAAACAGGACAACGCAGCAGCCUGGAAUUACAGAAUCUGGCGAAGCACCAGAAGACGAGAGAGAUACGGUUUGCUCGGGGGCCGGCCUCGUGGCAACUGACGUCUUAUCCCCCGUCUCCAGCUCUGACUCAGACACUGCGAGCUCCACGUCCAUGGAAGAGGAGACGUGCGACCAGGCCCUUCCCGACGGCUUUGAGGCACUGCGAAAUGUCAAAUCGACAGUCGUGCACCUGCACAGGCCAGGUGCGGUGUCUCUGAAGUGUGGUCCAGUUGUGACAGAGAACUUUUCUCGAGUCAGAAAUAGUGUCUGUCGAGCAAUGGCUAGCGCAGCAGACUCGGAGGCUUUCUUCAAGGAACAUGCGGCCAGAGUAGGUAUGGCUGAGGACGUGAUAAACAAGCUAGUCGCACAAGGGAUCAAGACGGUCAGCCAGGCAGCUUAUGCAGCGUCUCCGCCGGGACAACCGUUGACAGAUGCAUCGGUUGAAGCCCUCUUGACAAAGAUAGGUGCUGCCAACCCGACUCUGGCGUUGGUGACCCAGGCGAAGCGGCUCCUCUUCGAAUCGCAGACCAUGGCUUUGUCUCACUUGAAGUCGGUUGUAGAACAGAAACCGGAAUCGAUCGCCCGGCAUAUGCCUGGGGCUGAGCGCCAUCAAAGGAUGAUGUGUCAGGCGACCAGACUGGCGGGCAUUGAGAUCAAGAACGACCUAGAGCCGGCUCACUCCGUGUACGAUGUCAUAGCAACGAUGGUUGAGCACAGCUCCAUCAAGUACCUGCACCCAUCGAAGAUUCCGACUCGUCAGCAGGAACUGUCCCAAACGAAAGGGACCAAGGAGCUGGCGCUUGAUACUUCAGGAGCCAGCCUCACCAUUACGGAGAAAGCUUCCUCGGCGCAAGCAAAGCUGGGCACGGAAAUGGCAACCUACCGCGCCAUGCAGAGGCGUGGCUUGGCCUUCGAUUUGGUGGGUAUCCUCAGCUACAAGGUCCACGAGAAGUGGUUGCAGAAAGCAUUUAGCCGGCUGCAAGACCCGGCGAUACCAGGUUACGCCCCAGUCUCCCUUGCGCAGGUCCUUAGGGCAGACAAGGCUCUCUGGCUGGUACUCGCCCAGGCGAGCAUCAAACUCGAACGGGCAGCACCAAACGCGGACUUGGCGACUCCUCGAUGCCUGGACGAUGCCUUCACAAAGGCCAUGGAGGCAGCGGAAGUUAGCUUUCCGCUCCUGCCUUUGCCAGCGAAUGCGGAGGCGACCUUUCCUGGAAAAGGCAAAGGCAAGGGUUUCGGUGGUUGGAAGCGACAGCUUCCAUGGGACGGCAAGGCCGGUCAGCCGCAGAAACUUGCCAGAUCCGAGUUCUGGGGAAAAGGAAGGAAAGGAAAAGAGAAGGGUGGCAAGAAUCAUGGCGGGGGCAAGGACCCGUGGGGUUCAAAGGAGGGUCGUCGUUGGAACCAGUGGAGGCGGGAAGGCAAAGGGUCGCAGACGCCUAUGCCUUUCAAGCUGAGAUGUGGUGUGGCCGUUACACCCCAAGGCGAGCCUAUCUGCUUCGGCGCCAACCUCGGCGAAUGCCAGGCACAGCAGUGGAGUGAGAGAGCCUUGCCGGUUGUCAGCGCCUCAGACAAAGCUGCGGAUUUUGAUUCAGACAAACCUGCGAUUUUCGACUCAAUGUGUCACACUUCGGCCAACUCAAGUGCUGGAGAGGCACCCGACUGGAGCUUACAUGAGGGUGUCACGAACAGUUUUUCUCCCAAGCAAUCUUCAGCUCCCAUUGAGGAGAGCUCUGUAGUUCAAAUCAACGAUUCUGCGGUGGAUAGUUUGGCAACGCCAGACAACUUGUCCGCUGAUCAGCAAUCAGCCAGCGAUGCGACACACUUGCAGUGUGGGGGCCUGUCGUCGGGCGCGAAGCACAUGCAGGAGUUUUGGUGCCUGGAGCUGUUCGCGGGCUCAGCUGGGAUUACCGCCGCUAUGGUGGAUAAGAUCACCAGGCUUGGCCCUGGUGUGGAUGACACCCAGCUCCAGGGCAAGGGAGCUGCCAGGGCCCCAGAAUUCAGCGCCGCUUAG